AUGCCUCGCAGGCCGUUCCAUACGGCGUGCCUCGUUGCGGUGGCGAAGAAGAGCAAGGAAACGGGCACCCUCGCCAACUUGUACGAAACCAAGGGAGCGAAAUUCCUCUCCGACAUGCUGACGGACAAGCGGUCCUCGGAUGGGUCCCCAGCCUUCAUGAUUGACGCCAACACCUCCUUCAGGGCUGAAGCACGGAGGCUAAUGGGCUUCGAAGAGUCCGACGAGGCCUUCGUGCGGGUUUCAGGUUUCGCCCCGGACCUCUUGGUCGAGGACUUCGAUGAAGACAAGCUGAUGCUGUUGCGCCACUCCUUCAACCUCAAUCCCGCGAUGGUGGCAAGGGUCGUGGCCUGGGACAGGGGGCGUUGGUAA